GGAAAAGCUGGGCCAUCUGCAAGAAAGCAAAGGACAGGAGGUAGGAACCAGCUGAGACACAGUAAUAUUUAUUUAGAAGCUUUUAUUGAAACAUUAGUGUGUAAAAACAAGAAGAGAAAAACCUGAGUUGUUAAACAUUCAUGCACAAAGCUCUUGCACAACAAGAGAAAUAAGGUGAAACAUGAUGUAAGAAGCUCUUUGUGGAGGAUGUGGACUCCUGGUGACAAAAUGAUAGCAUUUGGAGCGGGCUGCAGAGAGGAAAAUGUUCCCCCUACGUAGUCCUUGCAGGUCAUUCCAGGAGAAACAGUGUUUGCUACUCAGGCAGUGGUCAAGGCAUUUAGGGCAGACAUGGUAGAAACGUUAAACUUUGAAGUUGCGCAUGUUUUGGUUGGCUUCUGGCAGUGGAAGGGGGCAAAACUGAACAGAUGGGUCAGCUGCAACGCUGGCAGAGGCUGGCUCACUUGAUGGGACAGUCAUUCUUUCUUUAGAGCUGCUGGCUGUGUGGGAGACGGGAAGACCAUGACUGGUGCGGUGGGUGGACCUCGGGGCGGAGGAGGAAGACGUGGAGCACACGCUGGGACAUUCAUAAAUAGUCACCCAUGGGUGAUGCCUCCAGGACAGGGCUCAUCCAAGGGGUGGACAGCGCUGGCUCCACUGCUUCCAGGGUGGCCAUGUGCGUAGGGACGUGCAGCCGGAUCGUGGGUCCCUGCCUGCUGGUGCUGGGCACUCUCUCCGUGGCUGCCAACAUCCUCCUGCUCUUCCCGGGAGGGGCAUCAAAGUACCUGAUGGAGGGGCACAUCAGCAAGCACGCCAAGGCUGUGCCGGGCAUCUGGGGAGGCGGCAUCAUCGUGCUGCUGGCAGCGACCCACGUCACAGCAGUGGGGUGGCGAUGCACCGGCUGCUCCGACUGUGGCACCCGUCGCAAUGCUUUCAUCUCUGCUGUGCUCUCCAAGCUGGCGCUGCUGGGUGCUGCUGCCUGCUUCGUCUUCUCUGGGGUGGGUUUGACCAAUGGACCCCUCUGCUUCUACAACGCCUCUGAGCACGGCCGCAGGCAUGGCACCCUCUGGGGUUACCCCUUCCUGGACGCUGGCAGCCAGGAGCCUGAUGCCAGGACAGAGAACUACCUAUAUGAUCGUCGCACCUGGAGCACCUGCCUGGAGCCGGAGGGCAUUGUGGCCUGGAAUGUUGUCCUCUUCUCCCUCCUGCUCCUCAUCAGUGCUGCUGAGAUGGUACUGGCGUCCUUCCAGAUCCUCAACGGCUGCCUUGGGUGCCUGUGUGGCUUUUGUGAUGGGAAGAAGAGUCCUCCAUGAGGGACAGACACCUCAGCCUGUAUGAGGCUGGCAUGCAAAGGGCUGCCUCCAUGCAGAGCCCUCUGCUGCACGAUACCUCUUCCUCCUCCCUGGAGGAUGCCCGUGGGGCUGGCAGCCAUGUGGGAUUGUAAACCAGCCCAGUGAGCAAUGGAGGUGAGGACCUGGCUCCUGGCAUCCUGGCAGGAGCCCAGUGGCUUCUCCAGUCACUCGUCAGCAGCCUCCACGCACCUCCGUGCGAAAUGGGACAUGGUGGUAUUUGUGGUGGUAAGAGCUGGAACAUUUAACUCGUUUUCAUUAAUGAAUCUGUAUUUAGGGCAGGAGAGGUGAAGGAGACCUGAAGAGCAGAGGCAGGCUCUGGCUGGGGCUGGAGGACUUGGAUGGAGUUGUGCUGAGGGACGCAGUGGUGGAAUUGGGGUGUAGCCCCCAAAGUUCACCCAUAAACCCAUACACACACAUGCAUGCAUGCAGCAAAUGAGAGGAGCAGCUGUUCAUCCCCACUGGCUCAGGACCCAUCGCUGCACCUGCCAGGGGUGUCACCAGGUUCAGCGCAUCCCUGUUCCUUUGUCCUUGUCCCCUAAACCUUUACCA